AUCUGUGUACUUUCUGACGGAAUCACCAAAGGUUAUUAUCAAGAUGAAGCUAAAACAAAGGAGCUGUUUGAUGAAGAAGGUUUUCUUCGUAUGGGGGACGUCGGAUGUUGGGCAGAGAAUGGUGCAAUUAAAAUUGUCGAUCGAUGCAAAAACAUGUUCAAGCUGUCUCAAGGCGAAUAUGUGGCCCCGGAACGUGUGGAACAGAUCUACAUGACCAGCCCGCUGUUGAACUGUGUCUAUGUGGAAGGUAACCCGUUGCACGCAUUCACAGUCGGUGUGGUCGUGCCGAACUGGACGGAACUUCAUAAGCGACUCCAGACUGGGAAUCAAUUUUCCGAGAAUGGGAAACCGCAACCAACAACGGAGGAAUUGUGCGAGAACAAAGAAGUCAAAACAGUGAUCCUCCAGGAGUUGAACACCGUCGGUCGAGCAAAGGGCCUCAAAGGGUUUGAACUGGUAAUACAGUUUGAUCUACUCUAG